GUCGUCAGUUCAUCCCCUUUUGUCCUUAAGCUACAAACUUUUCUACGAAUGGCGAAUAUUAAAUACGUUCAUGACCCGAAGAAUCAUUUUGGUCGUAAAGGCAAAAUGCCAUGGAUUGAACUGGACGGGAAAGAUUAUUGCGACUCCACAUUUAUCAUCGAAUUUUUAAGAGAAAGAUUUAAUUUAAAAAUUGACAAUAAUCUUAAUGAACAACAACAGUCGUUGGCCCGUGUUAUACAGAAGACUAUCGAAGAAAAUACAUUAUGGGCAAUGAUUGCAUAUCCUCGUUUUGUUGAAGAUUUUGAAUGGUUUAGACAAACGAGCGAUUUACCCUGGAUUGUAGGUAUUGCUUUUCGGAUAGCAAUCAUUCCUUCUAUUAAGAAAAGUAUGAAUAGGCACGGAAUCGGUAGACAUUCACCUGAAGAAAUUAGACACAUUGCUAAAGGUGAUGUUAAAGCCUUGUCGAACCUCCUUAACGACAAAAAGUACUUUCUUGGCGAUGAACCUUCUACAAUCGAUGCUGUAGUGUUUGGCUUUUUAGCUAAUGUCCUUUGUGGUUUACGGAAUGGAAGCUGGCCGAAUCAGAUGAUUAAGAAGGAAGCACCCAAUCUAGUAGCUUUCUUCGAACGUAUGAAGGAAAAAUAUUGGCCAGACUGGGAUCAA